CUUGUAUCUUCUGGCGUGAUGCAUGGGUUCCCAUGCUCAGCGCUACAGAACUGUUUUGGUGGUCCUCCAGAUGUUUCUGCUGACCCCGCUUCAUACCAGGACCCAGAACUCUCGAAAACUGGGUCGGAUCCUGCCAUGGGCCUGACUGUUCUCACUCAGCCUGGUCCAGUAAAGCCAGUGAGGACUGACAGCCAGCCUUCAUUUAGCUGCGUCUCCAUCCAGACCAAGACAAACGGGACUAACUCCAAAACCAAAGAACCGGAUGCAGAGAACCAGGACACACUUCAUUCCUACCCAAGCUCAGAAGGGCUCUCAGAAGAAGACGAUGCCCAGGACAGGAGCCCUGUUCUGGACACAAAAUGGCCACAUAUUCCCCGUCCAUCUAUCAUCAGGCCACAGAAGGAACACCCAAUCCAGGACAGCCUGCCAGUCAGAACAGAUUAUAUUGAGCCAGAGGAUGGACCGUUAUCAGGUCUGGACCAGACAGACAUACCAGAGGGACUGUCCCGUGCGCGGAGCAUUAUGGCAGAGCCAGACUAUAUGGACGGUGAUAGCGAUGAACUCAUUAAGCCCAAGAAACUCCUCAACCCAGUGAAGUCCUCCAGAAAUCACCAGGACCUACACAGAGAGCUCCUCAUGAACCAGAAAAGGUGAUGCACA